AUGGGGAAUGCAGCGCUGAAGCAGCACGUGGUCCGUCUUCUCGAGCAGCAUGCGCCGCUUGUGGUUAAGGACCUUCCGUACGAUGAGCUACUGGCCCUGUCCGUGCUGGGCAUCUCCGUCACGUUGCAACGCCUGGAGUUGCAGGAGAGAGUGCUGGAAAACUUGGGGAUAUUUCUUCCGCUGGAGAUUCAGAGCGCCUGGCUCGAAGAGGUCGAGCUGAGCCUACGAAGUGGGCUUCACUUGCACGCCUCUGCUGAGCGCUUGGUGCUUUCUGUACGGCUGCGAGAUUGGGACAGGGAAGUCGAGGCCAUCUGCCAAGCAGAUGCGAAGAAGCCCUGGUCGAACACCGAACACGCUGGCCAGCCAUUUUUGCUGAAAUUAGUUUCAAGCUUUGACGUCGAAGUACGGAACGUGGAGAUUCUCUGCGAGAUGCCAGACGCAGAGUCAGUUCCGUGGACCUUUGGAAUCUCCACAUCUGCUUGCCUGGAGCCGCUGGCCCUCAAGCAGAUUCUCGACCCAGCCCAAUGCUGGCACGCAGCUUUGAUUCUCAAGGACUUCCGGGUGCGCGUAGCUCCGAGUGAGGUCCUCGCCCGGGCCGCCCGGGCCGACGAGCGAGGACUCGUCGUGCUGUGCGACGAAAUGCGGAUCCAAGCGCAUGGAUCCAAAAGAGGAGGCUUGCCCUUGGAGCAGACGUGUGGCAGGCAGGAUGCAAAGCUCUGCAUGAUGCUGAGCGUUUCCGGGUGCGCCGGCCUCCGCAUAAGCCAGCAGCAGCUUGGGAUGCUUUUUCGCCUGGGCCAUGUUUUUGUUUUGUGGGACGCUUUCCUCAGAAGCCUUGGCACCUCAAUGAUCUCAGCUUGGAUGAAAGACUUGGAGGAUCUCUUCGUGGUCAUGGGGCAAGAGCCGCUUACCAAUGCCAUCUUUAUUUUAGAUUUUGGUGCUAUGCCUGUUGAGCUUAUCCUCGAGGAUGGACAUGGAUCGGCAAGUGGACAACUUCUGCUGGGUGCAAAGAACAGCCAUGCAGAGAUCGCCUGCGAAAGCCGAGCGAUGAAGUUGCUCAGGAUUGUCAUCGUUGCGACAGCCACUAUGAUGCUGUGGCUAACCGUCUUCUGGACGCUCUUCCUCGCGCCUGUGGAGACGGCACACCCGCUGUAUGCCCCCAUCACGACCAUGCCAGUCGGAGGGGCGAUUGAAACUGCGAUUCAGACGCCUUCGGGAAUGCCGCACUGUGAGCAUCGCCCUACGGCUGCCGAGCAGUUGAGCACGAAGGAUGUGACGGUGUCAUUCCCGCUUCUUGGCAAAAGGAGCCUUUACUGGCGCAAGAAGGACCUGCCCAAAGAAGACAAAGGUCUUUUCUUGCUUGAGAAGGUGUACAAGGAUGAGUGGUAUCGGCAAGGUGUCUCAACAUGGGAAUCCUUGAAUGCCACGUUCAUUGUCUCCAAGCAGCAGAAACGGACGCACCUCUCCAGCUUGUGCAGCAACCACCCGCGCCACCAGGUGUUUAAUCACUUGCACUUCAGCGACUCCUUCACGGUGAAAUCCUCCUUGGCCAGUGUGAUGAAGAACUUCGCUCGAGCUAUGCCGCAGCGCGCUGCAGAGAUCGAGCUGCUGCUGCCUUCCAGCUUCGUUUUGUCGUUGCGGGAAGAUUGUCACGACUUCAAGAACAAGGUGGGAUCUGCUAUGUGGAUCCACAAGCAGGAUCGCACUCACAACUCCAACGGGGUGCGCCUCCUCACGGCGCAGGAAGCUGAAAGAAUGGCAGCAAAUUGUGGCACGAGGCGGCCUCCCCACGGCCUGGUGCAGAGAUACCUGCCGAAUCCAUUGCUGGUGGCCGGCCACAAAUGCGAUUUCCGCGUGUAUCUGUACGUCCCGACCACCAUGCCGUUCAUAGCCUUGUACUCGCCUGUGUGGUACCUAAGAUGUGGACAUCAGAUCUUCAACAUCAACUCGACUGACCCUGAGAUGGUCGUAACGAACACGAAGGUUCACGGCAAGUUGCGAGAGGGAGCGAACUACUCGGAGCUGGUACUCGGCCCUGAGAAGCUUCAGCAGCAGCUGACCUUGCAGGGUCUGCCAGCGGAUUUUGUCAAGGCAAGGCUGCUGCCGGCCAUGAAAUCCAAGUUGGCUCUGCUCAUGGAGGUGAUGUACUUUGAUGUCGCACUGGCUGAUCUCGAAACCACUAACUAUGAGCUCUACGGCAUUGAUAUGAUGCUGGACGCUGACUUGAACCUGUGGCUGAUCGAGGUCAACUCCUCGCCGGGCCUCGAGAAAUCCCUCGGGGCUCGCAAAGAAGCGGUGGAGGCCAUUCUUCCCCCUCUCGUUGGCCUCCAGCCUCGAGCUGAGCCAGCCUGGCAGUUAUACCCAUGUUGCCCACAGGGAGGUGACACGCCAUGGCAAGCGAUGCCUCCUGGUCUAUCCAAGUCUUUGCAAGUCCGGCCGCUGUCGCGCGCUGACGAGGAUGAUGACUCGUAUUCCGACGAAGAAAGCGCCGCACACUUCGAUUUGCAGCUGGUCUGUGACCGGCCGCCUGUUCUGGAAACCAGGACAUCUGCGCAGGUGGUCAAGGCCGUGGGCAGUGCGAUCCACAGGGUGGGCUCCAAGUUCGGGAUCUACGAUGCCUCCCUGUCUCCCGUUCCGGAAGAUCUGGAGCAGGAGGAGACCCCAGAGCCCCCAGAGGAGUCGCGGACGAAGCGACUCUGGAGGCGAACUGCUACCACGGGGUGCGACAUGAACGAGAUGAAAGCCAAACCCAAGAAGCUGGUCCGUCGAAGGAGUCUGGAUCUGGAUAGUCGUGCCACGGCCCUGACGGCCGUCUCCAACAGAGGCCUUGGAGCAAAGCUCUCUCAAAGUGGGCUGAAGCUGGACUCAUUGGAUGGAGGAAGCCAAUCAAGCUCUGUGCCAUCCUCUACGAUGCAAGACCUGGGACUACCUUUCAUCUUCAGGCGGAGCAGCCAUCACCUGAACCGCUUAGCAUCCGGCAAGAAGCUGGGCAGCUUAGCCUCGCUGGCCGCCUCCCUGCCCUCCAGUCCGCAGAUCCUUGAAGACAAUCUCAGACAGGAGGGUGCGAAAACCAGGGCAUCGAUUCUGGAUUUCGAGCACCUCUUCGUGCAAUACUUCGUCGAAGUCAUGCCGUGCCGAGGACGCUUUGCCGGACGCUUCUCUGGAGAGCAGAGGGCUCCCGGCACUGUUCGUCUUGCCCAACCUUCUGCAUGGGAAGUUGCCCGAGAGUGGAAAGAAGUGCUGCUGGACCUUCUCAUGCAACACAAGGCAUUGAUCCUGCAGCACUGGCCAGAGCUUCAACUCACCAGGAAGGGACUGGAAAGGAGGCUGAAUGAAGAGCUGGUCGUCAAGGACGAACUAUCUGGUCCAAAGAGCCGUGUGCUGCUGACGCUGGCACCAGAGCAAGUGUGCCACAGACUCUUGUGGGCGUUGGGUGACAGCAUCCCAACGGAGGUGGCUCUCAAGCAAGUUGAACGUCGCUUGCAAGAGCAUUUCCCCCAGAGUCAGGUGCGGUGCAGCGAUAACUGGCUCUGGCCAGCAAGCGUGAUCCGCACACUUUUUGGAAUCACUUGCGUGUUGUUGGUCGUGGGCAUGCGUUCGGCCCUUCUGGCUGCUCUCAUCGUUUACGAGACAGAACCGCCCAUCCCCGGGAAGAAGCGGAAGGUGGACGUGUCUGGUCCCACCUGGGAAGAGCUGCUCGAUCAGCUCUCCGCCAGGCUUAUCCUGGCAUCAUCUUUGGGAUACCUUUGGUUGCUGUACGGGAUAGCAGCAGCAUUUCCACUCCGCUCUUUGCACAGCCCAUUUCAGCGAGAUUUAGGUUGUUUGGCUGCAUACUCCCGGACUGGAACGCUGCUUUUCAGGAUUGCAGCUCCCAUGGCCGCUUGUGGCAUUCCUGCCGCAAUGGCAGUGCGGUUUGACAGGCUGGGCUUGGGUCUACUGGUGCCAGCACACGACCGGCCAGUCGGCUUUCACACGGCGGCACUUGCAGCUGCCUGUGCGCUGCCACCUUUGAACAUGGCAGCUGCAUGGAGCAUCCGCUCAUCCCUUUAUUCUCAUCACCAUUUCCUGAUGGUCCUUCUCUUUGGUAUGCACCUGGGUUCUGCCCUUGGUUUCGUUCUCUACUUCGCGAUGAUGAAAUGGGCUGUGCUUGGCGCCGCCACCGUCGUUUUUGCUGGAAUGCAUCUCUUCGUUUGGUACCAGGCAGAGUUCACAAGCGUGAGUCUGCUGAAAGCUGCACAGUUGCAGUGGGCCUGCGCACAUCUGAUUCCAAUCCUCG